AUGACUGAACACAAUGUUCUUGUGAUUGGUAGCGGUGGCCGGGAGCACGCUUUGUGUUGGAAGCUAGCAGAUUCUCCUUUUGUGAGGCGCAUAUAUUGCGCACCUGGCAGUGUUGGGAUCUCUACUACCAACAAAGUUGAAAGUGUUGAAAUAAACAUUAAAGACUAUCCAGGUGUUGCAAAAUGGUGCAAAGAACAAGACAUCAGUCUCGUUGUGGUAGGACCAGAAGAUCCCCUCGCCGACGGCAUCGUGGACGCGCUGACAUCACACGGUGUCCGCUGCUUCGGCCCUACCAAGGCUGGUGCGCAAAUCGAAGCCAAUAAAGACUACGCGAAAAACUUCAUGAACAAACACCAGAUACCAACGGCCAGACAUAAAUCCUUCACUGAUGCAGAGGCCGCCAAGGAGUACAUUAACACGGCGCCGUUUCCUGCCUUAGUGGUGAAAGCUUCAGGCCUGGCCGCCGGCAAGGGCGUAGUGGUGGCCGCCUCGAAGGAGGAAGCUUGUGAGGCCGUCGACGAAAUGCUCACAGACUCCAAAUUCGGUGCCGCAGGACAAGUCGUCGUCAUCGAAGAGCUGUUGGACGGCGAGGAAGUAUCGGUGUUAGCCUUCACGGAUGGGGAGACGGUGUCAAUAAUGCCACCGGCACAAGAUCACAAGCGCGUAGGGGACGGAGAUAUAGGCCCCAACACUGGUGGUAUGGGAGCCUACUGCCCGUGUCCACUCAUCACUCCCGACCAACUCGCCGACGUCAAGGACCAAGUACUCAAGCGGGCUGUUGAUGGAAUGAAGGCCGAGGGCAUCAAAUACGUGGGUGUCUUGUAUGCCGGUCUGAUGAUCACUAAGGCGGGCCCAAUGACGUUGGAGUUCAACUGCCGCUUCGGCGACCCCGAGACGCAAGUACUGAUGACCCUUCUGGAAUCCGAUCUCUACACUGUGAUGAACGCAUGCGUCGACGGCACACUGAACAAACUCCAAGUGGCGUGGAAUACCAAGCUGUCUGCUGUAGGCGUGGUGAUCGCUUCCAAAGGAUACCCGGAAACUUCCACCAAAGGCUGUGUUAUUAGCGGAUUAUCGCAAGUCCAAGCCACGCCAGGGCUGGUAGUAUUCCACAGUGGGGUAGCUCGGGGGGCCAACGGUUCCCUAGUAUCUUGGGGCGGGCGGGUAUUGUUAAUCUGCGCACGCGCCGCUUCGCUUCGAGCCGCCGCCGCCGCCGCUACUGCGGCCGCUGCCUUAGUAGACUUCCCUGGCGCUCAUUACAGGAAGGAUAUAGCUCACCGCGCCUUCUCCAAGCUCAACGGUCUAUCGUACCUGCAAAGCGGCGUAGACAUAGACGCGGCUGCAACGCUAGUUCGUCAGAUCGAGCCGCUGGCUACAGCGACCCACAGGCGCGGUGUACUGGGCCGUCUGGGCUGCUACAGCGGCCUGUUCCAGCUGUCUGCCAUGGAUCCUACGCUGAAGGAUCCGGUGCUAGUGCAAGGAACAGACGGAGUCGGCACUAAGCUUAAGCUCGCCGAAAUAAUGAACAAGUACGACACGAUCGGCCAGGACCUCGUAGCGAUGUGCGUAAACGACAUCCUGUGCGCGGGCGCCGAGCCGUUCGCGUUCCUCGACUACAUGGCUUGCGGACGACUUCAGGUUGAAGUGGCCGCCACCAUCGUGAAGGGCAUCGCGGAUGCUUGCAUACUGUCCGGCUGCGCUCUGAUGGGCGGUGAGACAGCGGAAAUGCCUUCCAUGUACGAAGUGGGCAAAUACGACUUGGCCGGUUUUGCCGUGGGUGUUGUGGACAAUUUGAAGCAGUUACCUCGUGUAAAAGAGAUCAGAGCCGGAGACGUGGUGAUGGCACUGCCAUCUACCGGCGUGCAUAGUAACGGAUACAGUCUGGUGCAGAAGAUCAUGGCUGAGACUGGGCAUAGAUACACCGAUAAGGCUGCGUUCAGCGCUUCGGGCCGUUGCUACGGCGAAGAGUUCCUAGAACCCACGGGCAUCUACGUGCGACAAGUACUGCCUGCCUUACGUCGCAGCCUAGUGAAGGGAUUGGCCCAUAUUACUGGUGGUGGAUUGCUGGACAACGUGCCCAGAAUCCUGCCGCCCGGGGUUCGAGUCCGGCUCGACGCUAACAAGUUCCAGAUAAAGCCGAUAUUCGGAUGGCUGCAGGCGAAAGGAAUGGUAUCAGACUUCGAAAUGCUCCGGACAUUCAACUGCGGCGUUGGCUUAGUGGUAAUCGCGGACCCAGAUUGCGUAAAGGAGUUGCUUGAAUGCAUCGAAGAUUUACGCGUCAUUGGCACAGUGGAGAACAUCGGCACAGAAGGCGGCCACCAAGUGAUAGUGGAAAACUUCAGGGAAGCCAUGGGUCCGUUGAGCUCUCCAUACACAACGGUCGGGCAGAAGGCGGCGCAGAAGUCCCUCUCAUACAAGGACAGCGGCGUUGAUAUCGAGGCCGGAGACUCCCUCGUGUCUCUCAUCAAGCCGUUAGCCAGGUCAACAUCUCGAUCAGGAGUGCUUGGCGGUCUCGGAGGUUUCGGAGGAUGCUUUCAGCUUAAAGCAAUCGAACAGGAUUACAAGGAUCCAGUUCUAGUCUUGGCAGCGGAUGGAGUGGGCACCAAACUGCAGAUAGCCCAGAAGAUCAACCAUCAUUCCACCAUUGGAGUAGACUUGGUAGCAAUGUGUAUCAACGAUAUCCUUUGCAAUGGUGCUGCCCCUCUAACUUUCCUUGAUUACUUCGCCUGUGGAUCUUUGGAUGUCACCGUCGCGAGGAAUGUGGUUGCAGGCGUGGCUGAAGGAUGCAAACUGGCAACUGCCGCCCUUAUAGGUGGUGAAACUGCAGAAAUGCCUGGUAUGUACGAGCCAGGCACGUACGAUAUCGCCGGGUUCGCGCUCGGCGUCGUCGAGAGAACUAACGUGCUGCCCAGGAUUAAUGACAUCACUGUGGGCGAUAUAAUUAUUGGACUGCCUUCGAACGGUGUGCACAGCAACGGUUUCAGUUUGAUUCACAAGCUGAUGAAGAAGCUUGGUCUCCACCUCCUGGAUAAGGCGCCAUUCAGCAAGGAAGGACUCACUUUGGGAGAGGAGCUGAUAAAACCGACCCGCAUCUACGUCCGCGCCGUCUUACCCGCCAUCCAAUGCGGGCGAGUAAAGGGCAUCGCUCACAUCACGGGGGGAGGGCUCGUGGACAAUAUCCCCCGAGUCAUCCCCCCCUCCGUGCGCGCCAGGCUCGACGCACACUGCUGGAACAUACAUCCGGUAUUCGGUUGGAUCGCGGACGCGGGCUCCGUCUCGGACGACGACAUGCUGCGCACAUUCAACUGCGGCCUCGGCAUGGUGCUCAUCGUGUCACCCGAAGAUCAGGCGGAGGUUAUGAACAUCACUCGGUCGUGGGGCGCUAUGGUAGUGGGCAGCAUACAAGCGCGGCCGCCCGGCGGCGCUCGCGUCGUCGUCGACAACUUCCCCUCCGCGCUCGACUUCACGCGACGCAUGCCGCUGCUGCCCAGGAAGAAGGUGGCAGUUUUGGUAUCGGGCAACGGCAGCAACUUCCAAGCCCUGUUGGACACGUGCAAUGACCCAUCGCAGUGCAUGUGCGCAGAAGUGGCGCUGUGUGUCAGCAACAAGAAGGACGCGUUCGCACUCGCUAGGGCCGAACAAGCUAAGAUACCCACUGUGGUAUUCAACCACAAGGAGUAUGAGAGCCGCGAAGAGUUCGACCGAGCGGUUUCUGCAGCACUCGAAUCGCAUAAAAUAGACCUAGUCUGCCUCGCCGGAUACAUGAGGAUCCUCUCUGCGGAGUUUGUGAAGAAAUGGAAGGGUCGCCUCAUCAACAUCCACCCGUCGCUGUUGCCUCGACACCCGGGACUCAACGCGCAGAAACAAUGUCUCCAAUCAGGCGAUCGGGAAUCGGGCUGCACCGUGCAUUUCGUUGAUGAGGGCGUCGACACCGGCCCGAUCAUCACUCAAGAACGGGUCCCUGUAUUGAAGGACGACAACGUAGAAUCUCUCACUAAACGCAUCCAUCAGGCCGAACAUCGGGCUUACCCGCGAGCUUUGAGAAUGUUGGCCGCUGGCCGGGUGAGACUGGCGCCCAACGGACAUGUUGUAUGGCAAUCCUAG